AUGUCGUCCCCGCUCAUCAACAGUCAUUCCGUCACUCCCAGUAACCACCAAGACAACUCGCAAGACUCUGCCAUUUCGGACUCGCCUACGUCAGAGCACUCGCAUCGCCUACCGCACCCUGAACCUCAUUUGGGAGACAACAAUCAAGCCAAAGAGCCCUCAUACUUGAUCAUUUCUGGCGGAACCGGUGCCAACUCUAUAGCGGGCGCAUUCGGUCACUCGCCCUCUUUUGUGCUGCCAGUGUCUGAUGACGGGGGUUCUUCCUCGGAGAUACUGAGAUGUUUCGGUGGACCCUCUAUUGGAGAUAUUCGCUCGCGUCUAUCUCGACUGAUCCCCGUGUCUUCACAUCCGAGUACGAAAGCAGAAAAGGAGAGAGUGGCCAUCUACAAUCUUAUGGCUUUCAGAUUCCCAUCUGAAUCAGAGGAAAAGGCGGUUAGGGACAUGUGGAUGGAAAUUGUGGAGGGGAAGAGUGAGCUAUGGGAUGGCAUUGGAGAGGACAAGAAGGAGUGUUUGAGAGCUUUUCUGGUGCACUUUGAAACGCAAUGUCUCAAAAGAGCCCACAAGAGGUUCUCCUUCCGAAAUUUCUCCUUGGGCAAUGGAUUCUUGACUGGCGCAAGAGACCUUUUCGGCAGCUUGCCUAGUGCCAUCUUCUUGUUCAAGUCUAUUGCUGGGGUGGCGGAGGGGGUACAAGUGAUACCAGUAAUCAACACCAACCAGACUGUCACCAUCGCCGCCCAGCUUACCAACUCAACCACCCUAGUCGGCCAGUGCGCAAUCUCCCACCCAUCUCCGAACCCCUCUUCCUCCACAACCACCUCCGCCCACACCCCCAUACAUGGGAGCCAUUCCCCAGCAGCGCUUCCCAUCGUCCAUCCCAUCCUCCGCUCACAUCUCCGGCGCGAUUCAAGGACGUUUGAUACGCCUGAUGCUUCGGCGCCGCCUACGAGGGGACAUAGCCAUGAUAGGUUGGCAGAUGGGAAAGAGGAGGGGAGUGAUAAUGAGGGGAAGCAGGGGAGUAAUUUGGAGUACAAGAAGGGGGAGGAGGAAGUCCCUUUGGAGGCCAAGGUAGAGAGAGUAUUCUACAUCAACCUUUAUGGACAGGAGAUCUACCCUGAUCCCAACCAUGAUUUUAUCGAUGCUCUUCACCAACGCGACGUCCUCGUUUAUUCCUGUGGCUCUCUAUGGACUUCCAUCGUACCAUGCCUUGCUCUCAAAGGCCUUGCGGGCCAGAUCGCUUCUUCUCGCACACUCAGAGCCAAAGUUCUCCUCUUAAAUUCUGCCAAUGAUCGAGAGACUACAGACUAUGCCGCUUCAGAAUACGUCGCGACUAUCCUCGCUAUGCUUCGUCAUUACGACAAACCUAAACGAAAUCGAGUUCGAGAUCAACUCCUCCCAGCUCCCGAGUGGAAAGCCGAGAAUCUCAUUUCCCAUGUGAUCUAUUUGGAGGGUGGAAACGUUCCCAUUGACGAGGGGCAGAUCACACAAUCUGGUAUCCAGAUGGUUUGUGUUCCUUCCGAGAUACACGGUGCACGUCAGGGGGAUGUCCCUAUGUUUAGUAAUGAGGCGGUGCAGUGGGCUAUGGCAAAAGUAUUGGAGGGCUUGAGUCAAGAAACAGAGACUCUCAAUUAG